UCUAAAAACUAUGUAAAAGUUAUGAAAGAGCUACACUAUUUUGACAUAUUGUUGGCACAUAUGAUUUGCAAAAAAAAAUAAAUGGUUUAACCAACUUUAUGGACUGAAUUUGGUGAGCAUUACUUGCCACCAUUAUUCAAAGAUAUUAGCACCAUAUUAUUAGCUCAAGUUCCUCUAAUAAUAACAUUGUUUUGCUUCAAAUUAAGAUAACAUUCUUGA